GUAAUUGGGGGGAGUGAGAGUGGGUCAGAGGUGAUGGGCACUGACCGUGGCUCAUGUCCCCAGGUGGUCAUGGUGGCCAGACUGGCUUGUUAGCAGGCUGCCAUGUCCCGAGAGGCAGGCGCAGGGGCUCGGGCACGGGCACGGAAGCCCAAGAAGCCCCACUACAUCCCACGCCCGUGGGGCAAGCCAUACAACUACAAGUGCUUCCAGUGCCCCUUCACCUGUCUGGAGAAGUCUCACCUGUACAACCACAUGAAGUACAGCCUCUGCAAGGACUCCCUCUCCCUGCUGCUCAACUCCCCGCACUGGCCGUGCCACCAUGCCCCAACUGUGACCCAGCCCCAUGCACCUACCACAGACUGCCCCGGGGACCCCAAAGCACUUACCGCACCAACGCUUGGUGGCACGGAAGGCUUCUCCCCGCGCUGCUGCAGUGGGUGCCUCAAGUCAGGGGCUGAGGGCACCCUGGGGACUCCACCCCCCACUGCCAGGGCCUCCAGGAAGGGUCUAGGCCCCAGCAGGCUCCUGGGUGAGUCUUGGGAGCCUGGGCCGGGCAGGGGCCCGAGGAGCACAGCCGUGGGGGACAGAGCUGUCAUGGGCCCUGAGGGCAGUGUCCCCUGCUACCCGCCACCUGCCCGCAGGGAGUUCCCUGAGGCCCAGAACCUCCACCUGUCCCUGCUGGGUGUCAACUACCAGCUCAGCCCAGGUCUUUUCUCCUACCUGGGGCCCUCCCUGGCCACCACCCACGUGCCCUUCCUGGCCUCAGCCACCUCCCUACUGCCCUCGGCCCCUGCCUUCCCGGCCCUGCAGCCCCCUGAGCGCUCGACCCUAGCCCCCCGCCUCUACUACCCUCUGAUCCUGGAACAUAGCCUGGGGCUGCCGGCAGGCAGGGCCACCCCCACCAAGCCCCCCGCAACGCCUAAAGGAUCCCCUGGGACUCAGGCCGUCAGGCUGCUGAAGGUGCCUGUAGCCGGGGUGGGGGGGCCCUGGCCCUGUGGCCCCCCCAGAGAUCCAGGGCCGGAGAGGGAGCUGGAGCAGUCUGCUGAGGAGGACUCGAAGAAGAAGGCACUCCCAGGAAGUAGGCUAGAGUUCCAGAAGGUUCCAAGCAUUGCCAAGUUUGGUUCCCAGAGCAGCCUACCGACCGGACCCCCUGCGAUGUUCUGGUCUGAGGACAAGGAGCCCUUUGACCCAGAGGCCCUGGGCCCUGUGGCAACACUCGCCCAGCCACCACACGGCCUGGGACCCAGCAGCCCAGGGCACAUGCGUGAGGACCUGACCCGGGCCCUGGAUGACUAUGCACAUGUGGAGCAUCGCCUGGAGCAGCUGGCACCCACAGGGGGCCUGGCCCCACGCCCCCUGCAUGAGCAGCUGGGCAAGAUCCGCCAGGAGCUGCUGUAUAUCCACCGAGCACUGGAGCACGCUGUGUGGCCGCCUGAUGUGCCCCUUGACCUCUCUGUGAAGCGGGUGCCAGCCAAGGGGCCUGAGGCACCCUUGGAGGCCUGGGGGCCUCCUGAGCCUGGUCCCACAGUUGGCCAGGGGACCCCCGAGUCACCUGGUGCGCUGAGUCCCGCAGCUGCUGAGCCCUUCUCUGGCCACACCACCAAGUGCGAGGCUGACUCCAGCAUCCCGCCUCCGGGCCUCCCCUUGCUGGCCUCCGAGGACGUCACUCCCUACGGUGGCUGGGGCACCCACGGUGCAGCAGGGGGCUCCCGGGCCCCUGAGGCUGUCCCCAGCCUGCAGAUCCUCGGGGGUGCUAAGAUGUGCCCCCACGACAGCACCCAGACAGGUGGUGUCCCCAGGAGGGCAGUGUCGCUGGGUGGUGGGGUCCCUGGCCACCAGGAGCUAACCUCUGGAUUCUCUGACCUGCCUCCUGCAGGCAGGGGCCUCCUGGAGGUCUGGGGGACGGGAGCUGGGCCACACCCAUCAAUUCCACCUGAGACUGGCCCCGGGCCCUCUCCUGCCUGUGCCUGCUCCCCGAGCUGGGGCCGGGCCAGCCGGGCUGGGGCCAGUCUGCACAGGACUCCGACCGCCCCAUUAAUUGUGAUAGCAUCGUGCCUGCCCCCACCCAGAAGCAUCCAAGCUGGGGUGCUGGGCGGUCAGUGUCUCACCACCUCGGGGGUCAGUGCCCCCACUUGGCAGACAGGGGCCAAGCAGACAGCCCUAGCUGGCGGUCUAGUGGCAAGACCAGCGGCUCCAAGAAGUCUGAGCCUGUUCACCUGCCCUCUGGCCUCCCGCCCCAACCACCUGGGCUGCCCCACCUCUGGGCUCUGGGUGCACCUCACGUUGGACCAGCCUGGAGGCCCUGCCCUUGCCCUGUGGCCCCAGCUGCUAGGGCAGAUCCCAGUGCCUGAGAGGGCUGCAGGGGGACCCCAGGGCAUGUACUGCUCCCCAGAGGGCCUGCUCUUCCUGACUGAGGGGGCUGCGCCCUGUGUCCCUGUGCUGGACCUGGAGGGCCAUGCUGUCUGCUGCCUGCCCUGCGGUGUGCCGGGGGCUGGGCCCUUUGUGUUGGAGGAUGUGGCUGUGAUAGCCGCAGGGCUUGUGGUGGUCAGCAACUUGAUCCACAGGGCUGUCCAGGCACUCCAGCACACCACCCAGGCCCCUGAGGGCUGCUAG